AUGACCAAGAAAGCGGAUGACAAGGGACAGCUCUCUGAAUCUGAUAUUGACGUUGAGGACUAUUUCAACCUGCUGCUUUCACCUGCUCGGCCACGAAGAUUCCUCAAAAAACUGGGGGUAGAGUCUGAUUCCGAGCUGGGGGACGAAGAUGAGGGCGGCAGCGACGAUGGCGUGGAUGAGAGCCCUCUUCGCCGUCGCUCACGACAGCCUGCCGCGCAGUCAAGGCGUGGUCGCCGUGGGCCUGCCCCUGAAUCGGCGGUCUUUCAUGCACAAGAUCCGGUGUGGAAUGGCGAUCUUGAUGCUCCCGCCUUGACUGACCGUGAUAAGGCUACCCUCCGCGAGUUCUGGACUACGCUUGACAAUGACCAGAUGGAAUACUGUAGUAGAUGCCAAGAGAGUUGGUUUCAGAUGAAGAUCGAUAGCGACGGCAUCUGUGGGCGUUGCUAUCGAAAAGACGCGAAACGACGCACCGGCGAGCCGUAUUUCUUCUCUGCGGAUAAUCAGCUCGACUUUGGCCCUGUGCCGGCGCGAUUGCCCCAGCUUACACCUACCGAGGAGUCGUUGAUUGCUCGUGUUCACGUCCACGUGAACAUUAUGCUUGUGCGAGGGCAGCAGUACAAGUAUCGGGGCCACGUAGUUCACUUCCUCCGCGAGGUUGGCUUAGUGUAUAACCAGCUUCCGCUUUUACCACAUCCGCUUUUACCACAGGAGUUGAACACCGUGUUACUACGCCCUGCCAAUACUUCGUCCCACGCAAAUCUUAGCCGCCAAUUUACCCGCCAGUUCCGUGUACGCCGCCAGCCGGUCACCAUAUGGCUUAACUACCUCCGCCGCCACCAUCCUGGCUAUCGAUGCAUCGUCAUCAAUGACGAGCGGCUGAGUCAAUUGCCUGAAGAUGGCAAUGUCCUGGAUGCUAUCCCCCAGAGCCAGGUGGAGGCUGCCGAUGUUGGACCUGAGGAGGACCAGGAAGCAGAACCGGACGUGGAGGACGAGGCUGCGGUGCCAGACCUCUUAGCCAAGGACACAGAGCUUGAUGCUCUGCGGUCUAUUCUCGCUGGAGAACCAGAAAUUGAUCCAGGGCUGGCCACCGUCGAGGCGCAGUCGGGGCACGAGUUGCAGCUUCCGGAUAUACGGUGGGGAAAUACUUAA